AAAAAAAAAAAAAAAAAAGCUCAUUCCAUUUCAUUUUUUCAUUUUAUUUUCCCAUCAUCCUUCCUUCCUUCCUUCAUCUUUAUCUUCUUUUCCUCCUUUUUUCUCUUUUUCUAUUCGCACGAUUUCCCCAACGUUUUGCUUGUACCCAACAUCCAAGCGAUCAUUACAACAUGAACGUGGUACCAGAUGUUGAUCAUCUUUCCUCGCGCGACUAUAUCGUGCCUGAUAUGCUCGAUUCCCCUAUCCCUUCUUCGGGUAAACCAGAGAUUUUCAAGCAGGAAAAACCAGCGGCAGCUCAGCCUCGUUUGCAUCUCAUAAAUGAAGAACAAAAGUUCAGUGAACACCUUUCGUCGUUUAUUAACGAAAAAUGGGGUCUCAAAGACUCUGGCUUCAACUAUAACCUCGCUGCUGUCUUUGGAAGUCAGAGUACUGGAAAGAGUACUCUCCUGAACCGAUUAUUUGGUACCAGCUUUGAUGUCAUGUCUGAGAGUUCUCGACAGCAAACUACAAAGGGUAUUUGGAUUAGUAAAGGCAAAGACAUGAAGGUUUUGAUCAUGGAUGUUGAGGGUACUGAUGGCCGCGAGCGUGGUGAGGACCAGGACUUUGAGCGUAAGAGUGCCCUUUUCUCACUUGCGACAACGGAGGUAUUGAUUGUGAAUUUAUGGGAGCACCAGGUUGGUCUUUAUAAUGGUGCCAAUAUGGGUCUAUUGAAGACAGUCUUUGAAGUUAACCUUCAACUCUUUGGAGGCAACCGAGGCAAGGAGAAGACACUUCUUUUGUUUGUAAUCCGUGACCAUGUCGGAGCAACACCGCUCGCCAACUUAUCCAACACUUUACGCGUUGACCUUGAGCGAAUCUGGCACGGACUUUCCAAGCCGGAGGGUCUAGAGGAUUGCAAGAUUACAGACUAUUUUGACUUCAUGUUCACGACGCUCUCUCACAAGCUACUUCAGCCCGAAAAAUUCGAAGCUGAUGUCGACCAACUGCGUCUUCGAUUUACCGACCCUAACAACCCCAAUUAUGUGUUCCAGCCUCAAUACUCCAGACGUGUGCCUGUGGAUGGUCUUCACAUCUAUGCAGGAGGCAUUUGGGACAAGAUCAUGACCAACAAAGACUUGGACCUUCCAACUCAACAGGAAUUGCUAGCACAGUAUCGCUGUGACGAGAUUGCCAGUGCAGCUUUUGCUAUUUUCCAGGAAAAGGUGAAAGAAUUUAGGCAGCCAAUCGAAUCCGGGAACAUUGUUGAGGAUCUUGGACCCAAGAUGAAUGAAAUUCGUAGUGUUGCAAUCAAAUCUUUUGACAAGGACGCUUCACGUUACCAUGCCGAGGUAUAUAAACGAAAGCGCGCAGAGAUGAUGAGUAAAGCUAACCAUAUGCUCGAGGCAUAUUUCUUGGGUCAACUCAAGAAUCUUCACAAGAAAGCUGUGAGCAUGUUCUCAACCAAGCUUCAAAACACGCUCCGUGGCGAUGGUGUAGAAUUCUCAGUAGCCGUAGCCGAUUCCAAGAAGGAGGCCCUUGAUUACUUUUUGCAGGGCGCUAAGGCCAUUAAGCUUGAUGAGACUGAGUGGUCGUUCGACGAAGAGCUGUAUCAGCUUGAGCAGGGACUGAAAGAACUCGCGGCUGUACAGCGUGAGAAGGAACUGAAUAAAAUGUUGGCAGCAUUGGAGAAGCAUCUGCGCAAGGAAUUGGAUGAGCCCAUUGGUCUAGCACUCAAUAACCCCGGCCCAGGAAUGUGGGGUCGUGUCAUUACUAUUUAUCAACGAACAGUCGAGGACGGUGAGCAGUUGUUGCAGAAGAGAGCACGUACAUUUGAUUUGAACGAGCAUGAGCAGGCUGAGUUGACAUUGAACUUGCGUCGUCAAGCAUGGGUCCUAUUGACGAAGAAGGUCCAAGAGGAAUCAGCCGAUGGUAUGAUGUUGCUCAAGCUUCGCAACAGAUUCGAGGAGAAGUUCCGCUAUGACGAUCAUGGUCUUCCUCGUGUCUGGAAGCCUGAUGAUGAUAUUGAUACUCCCUUCCGCAAGGCUCGUGACGAAACCGUCGAGCUGGUACCUUUGUUUGCUAAAAUCAAUACAUUAGAUCCUAUUAAGGGAGAGAAAAUCGAAUUGGAGGCAACCGACGAUUUUGAUUUCGAUCAGUCACUCAAGGUCCUUUCUGAAUCGCGCCAACAAGAGAUCACAAACAAGUUCAAGCGCGAAUCGGAUGCAUUCUACCUGGAAGCCAAGCGAUCAGUGGUUGCCACACAGGCCAAGCUACCAUACUGGGUGGGCGUUGCAUUAGUGAUUUUGGGCUGGAAUGAGUUCAUUGCAGUAAUUAAGAACCCACUUUAUCUGAUGGUGUUGGCGAUGGUGGGAGUUCCUAUGGCCGCAAUGUGGUAUUUGGAUAUGUUGGGCCUGGUAGAAACAGUAGCAUGGAAAGUAUAUGAUCAAGGCUACAAAAUUGCGAUGGACAAGUUGAGAGAAGCCAUGGACAAGAGCCAUGAGGGUCAAGGCAAGCAGCAAAAUCAACAGCAACAUCAUCAACAGUGUCAACCCCAGCAAUUUUCCUCUCAAUCACAGCUCAAUAAUCGCUUCGUAAGUCGUAGUGAUAGUUUCAGAGAGGAAAAUGGCGUUGAACUGGACUCGCUGGACAAGAAGAGCUUAUAAAUCCACAUUAGACACAGUCAGACAGACAGACAAUAGCAGGGCAGGCCCAGCCAUAAGAUGCGGUCAAUGGUGUUUAGACAAUAUAAUAUUUUUACUUUCAAUAAACUACGCAUGCAAAAAAUAAAGUUUGAACUAAG